AUGGAAUCGGUGAAGCCAGUGGCCUUGACCCCGCGAAAGAAGCUGGCGCGCAGUUUUGCCAAGGUUCUUCAUGUCAAAGCACUGAUUGGGAUUGCCUCAGUUGAUGGGUUGAAGAAUGUUAUAUCUGAUGCAAAUCUCAAGGAUGAAGGGAACAUGGAGAAGAGUAAGAGUUCACUGAAUUGGUCUGAUUCUUUCAACGAAGAUGAUGAUGAUGAGGAGCUUCAGGAGAAAAUGGCCAAUGAAGCUCUUCUAGCAAAGCUUUUUGCUAGCAUUUCAACUGUUAAAGGUGCAUAUGCCGAGUUGCAAUAUUCCCAGUCACCUUUUGACCCUGAUGGAAUUGAAGCUGCUGAUCAAUUGCUAGUGUCUGAGUUGAAGAACUUGUCUGAGCUCAAGCAAUGUUACUUGAAGAAACAGUUUGAUCCUUCGCCUGAGACGGCAAUUCUUGAGGCUGAAUUCAAGGAGCUGCAGGGUGUGAUCAAAACGUAUGAGGUCAUGGGGAAGAAGCUAGAGUCACAGGUGCGGCUCAAGGAUUCUGAGAUUGUUUUUCUCAAGGAGAAGUUAGAGGAAGCUAAUAGGCAUAACAAGGCAAUUGAGAAGAGAUUAAAUCAAAGCGGUCAACUAGGUGUGCUUGAUAAUCUUCACAUAUCAGGGUUAAGUCCUAGCCAUUUUAUCACAGUUCUUCGUCACGCAGUUAGGUCUGUUCGCAACUUCGUGAGGGUGAUUGUGGACGAGAUGAGAUCUGCAGGUUGGGAUGUGGAUGCGGCAGUCGAUGCCAUUGAGCAGAAUGUGGUUUACUUGGCAGAAGAUCACAAGUGUUUCGCAAUAGAGGCCUUUGUUUGCAGGGAGAUGUUUGAUGCUUUCCACUUCCCUAACUUUUCCCUGUCAAGUGAGUCUCUCCCUGAUAGAAGCAGGAGGCAACAGUGGUUCUUUGGGAGGUUCAAUGAGAUGAAAUCCAUGAAAGCAAAGGACUUCCUUGCUGGGAAGCCAAGAUCAUCAUUUGCAAAGUUUUGCCGGGUGAAGUACUUGAAACUUGUUCAUCCCAAGAUGGAGUCAUCAUUUUUUGGUAACAUGAAUCACAGGAACCUUGUGAAUGCUGGAGAGUUUCCAGACACUCCAUUCUUCACAUCAUUUGCUGAGAUGGCCAAGAGGGUGUGGCUUCUACACUGCCUGGCCUUCUCUUUUGAGCCCCAGGCCUCAAUCUUCCAAGUGGGAAAAGGGUGUAGAUUCUCUGAUGUGUACAUGGAAAGUGUGAAUGAUGAAAUCUUCCUCUAUUCAGAAGUGGAAUCAGAUCCACAAGUUGCUUUCACAGUAGUUCCAGGGUUUAGGAUUGGUAAAACUGUUAUCCAGUGUCAAGUGUACCUCUCACAGCACCAGAGCAAGGUAAAAAAACUCACUUCCACAAAGCAAAGGUAG